AUGCAUCCAUCGACCAAGGCUGGUCUGGCUGGCUGCCGAUGCGAGGCGGGUGAAUAUUAUCGUAGACACUGGACAUUAGACUGUGCUUGUGUGUGUCGGGCUGGCAGCAAAGGCAGGCAGCCCCAGAGACAUCGCUGGUCGGGUACGGCUGCAGAGCUUUUGAGCGAGGAUUAG